UAUGGCGGUGGUUUUGGCAAGGAGUGUUGUCUGGAAAAACUGUAACCGUAACCCACCACCGUCUUCUCCGGCACAGACGAUAUGUUAAUCAGUGAACGCCACCGCCCUGGUCCAGUGGUUCACAUCACUCCAUUGACGAUACCGGAGGAACCUCCUGCAAGCGAGACGCGGUUUCCUUUUCCCCUGAGUGGAAUCUCGGUGAGUUCUGAUGUUACUGCCAAUGGCGGCGAUUAUUCUCCCUAUUAUCUCCAGGAAGCCCUAGCGGCACUCCAGCGAUAUACGAAUGAAUCGGAGAUUGAAUCUGAUUCGGAGUUGUCCGGACGGGAAUCGGACGUUCCGGUGGGUGCUUACUCGGGCGAUCAUUUUCGGAUUUUUGAGUUCAAGGUGAGGAAGUGUACGCGUGGACGGUCUCAUGAUUGGACGGAGUGUCCGUAUGCUCAUCCAGGCGAGAAGGCCCGCCGGAGAGAUCCGAGGAAGUAUCAUUACUCUGGUACGGCAUGCCCUGACUUUCGAAAAGGUAGCUGUAAGAAAGGCGAUUCAUGCGAGUUUGCGCAUGGUGUUUUUGAGUGUUGGCUUCAUCCUGCUCGUUACAGGACUCAGCCGUGUAAGGAUGGGACUAACUGUCGGCGGAGAGUCUGUUUCUUCGCUCAUACUCCUGAACAACUUAGGGUUUUGCCUCAACAGAGCCCGAGAAGCGCGAACUCGCCUGAGUCGUAUGAUGAAUCUCCUAUUCGGCAGUCUUUGGAUGGAUCCUGUGCUAAAUCGUUGCCGUUUCUGUCUUCUCCGGUGUCCGUUUCACCGUCCGCGACUCCGGUGGACUCCCCACCGUUAUCGCCCAUGACUCGGUCUCUCGGCCGGUCCCUUGGCUCGAGUUCCAUCAAUGAAAUGGUCGCAUCCCUCCGUAACUUGCAUCUAAGCAAGGUCAAAUCCCUGCCAUCCUCCUGGAAUAUUCAAAUUGGAUCUCCUGGUUAUCCAUCUCGAAUCUGCCAUGGAUUUUGUAGCCUUCCAACAACUCCAACUCGGGCUCCAACUGGUCAUGGAGGACUGCUCGACUUCUCGGAGCAUGGAUUCGAGGAGGAACCGGCGAUGGAGCGAGUCGAAUCUGGGAGGGAGCUGAGAGCAAAGAUGCUGGAGAAGCUGAGCAAGGAAAAUUCUCUGGACUUGGCUGAUUCAAAUCCUUCAACCUGCACACCAGACGUUGGAUGGGUAUCAGAGCUAGUGAAGUGAGUCCUCAAAUUGAACUUUUGGUUGGUUCUUCAAAUGGGUUUUUUUCUCUAAUCAUCAUUCAAUUCCGAUUCUAAGGAAAAAAAAAAAUUAGCCUAAGCCAAACCUUUUGUUUGAUAUGUAAAUACACAAAAUGGGUGGCAACUGAAACUGGAAGACAAUAGGAUUUAAUUUUUAAAUGUGUAAGCCUUAAAUAUAUGUAUAUAUGGCUCUGUUUUUAGAUUUUGAGGUGGGUUGAAAGAAUUUAGAAAACUAUAUUUUGAUGGAGAAGACAAGAAAAUUCCAUCUGACUCCAAUGUAUAGGUAGUUUUAGUAACUAGAUAUGAUCUAUAGGGGAUCAUGGGUUCUGAUAGUUUUCUAUUUUCUGAUCAUUGUGAUUAUAUUGUAAGUUAAUCUUGUGUUCCUACUGCAAUUAUAUGGAUGAAGUUGAUUUAAAUUAUUGUUGACUA